CAGGGUGUUCUGGGAGAACGAAUCACAGACGCCACCAAGCGAGGCAAACUCACCACCACACAUCGCCGGAGCAGUGCUUUAAAAGUCGGCGCGGUCAAGGGCAGAGAGUACGUAAUAAAAGAGGGAGUGAUCGGCCAAGUGUAUCAAAGUCUCAAACCAGAAGUUUUGGAGCAAACACUUUCUUAAUUAUCCGUUCAUUUUUUUUUAUUCCACACAUUCAUAGAGGUUCGUUCACCUUUGAGGAUUAUCAACACUUCGGGUUCAUCGUUUACAACAAUAUCAAAAUGUCACUCGAUCUUAGGAUUUCUCGAGCAGGCGAUGUCACAACGUUUAAAUGUGAUGAUAAAGAGACGGUGCUGUGGUUGAAGCAAAAGAUUGCAGAUCGAUUCCAUGUGGAAGACACCUCCACUAUAAAGCUGCUGUACAAAGGGAUUUGUCGUGAUGAUCAAAUUCUCGGAGACACUUUUAAAAACAAUGCGAGGAUCAUCUGUUUAACGAGCAAACCGAAUGCUAAUGCAAAGUUACCCCUUGUACCCACAGAAUCCACACACCAUGACAUUCAUCACGUUAAACUAGCACCCAAGAAGCCCGCAUCGUCGAACGUUAAAAAGUCGUCCACGUACACCUUCCAUGAAAUACAAGUACUCAACUUGCCCAAUAAGGAUCAAGCAUGGCAGUACAUGGACCGGCUCCGUCACGACCCUGGCAUCCAAGCACUCAUGGACAAGUACAAAUGGAGCGUUCCCAUCUUGUCAGAAAUGUCGCCCGCGGAACAUACCACGCAUGAAUCACGGACCAUGGGCUUAAACCACAAUCACGGCCAACAGAUCGAGCUUCGAAUCCGCACCGAUAGGUAUGAUGGUUUUCGGUACUAUAAAGACGUGAAAAGCACGCUGAUUCAUGAGCUCACACACAAUGUACAUUCCGAACACGACUCUGACUUUUGGACUUUCUUCAAACGGCUUACCAAAGAAUGUGACGCUGCAGAGUCCUGGUCUCGACCAGGACAGUACCUGGGAGACAAACCCGAAUACACCCCAUCGGGCGAAGACCCUCUGGAUGAAGAAGCGGUCAAUCAUCGACGAGACAUCUUGUUUGCCGCAGCCCAACGACGCUUGGAAAAGAAAGAGUAAAUUCAUCACACAAACAUGAUCGGUCACUGAAGAAAGGGGGAAAACUGAAAGUGUGUAGUUAGGAGCGAGAGUUGCAGGUCCAUGCGUUCGUGCUCAACGUUUUUCUCUUUUUCGUUGUGAUGUGGUGUACACAUAGCUUCCACACACACAACGAAAGCCAUAUCAUUGUCGUUUGUCAUCAUUGCUUAGUUCACACCGGUUUCAUUACUCUUAAGCUUACAGCUGAUCAAGGUAAUCACGGAUUUCGGUUGUGGAAAGCUGGUGGAAACGACCACCGGGACGGCCUACGAUGCCGCUUUCGCCUUGGGUUUCCGAAACAACGGCAAUUUCGACUGUGUCUUCUGUGAGUUCACCUUCAAAGGUCUCCUUCAGUGCGAGAAUAGCAGUGUGGAUAGCAUCCUCGAGCUCCAUUUCCUCGUUGAAACGCUUCUCCAAGAACGUCUUGGCUACCGUAGACGAUUUUCCAAUAGCAGUGGCCUUCCAAGCGAAAUACGUGCCCGAAGGAUCCACCUGGUACAAAGAAGGACCGUUGUCGUCUAUUCCGGCAAUAAGUAAACUGACACCGAAAGGACGGACACCUCCAGACUGGGUGGACUCUUGCAUGAUAGAAGCGACCUCUUGAACGAGAAUUUUUGUGGGAGGGUAUUCGUUAUAAAUGCGUUUAUAGUUUGUGUGCGACACUUUACGAGCCUUAUCGACCAAAACACGGUAAUCAGGACCCAUACCACUGUAAACCUAACCAUUCGUUAGAGUCCAAGCUAGAAAAAGACUUAUAGAAACGCGUUUAAGGCGUCUGUCGCGUCUCAUACCAUGCCAACGUCGGGCGUGAUGCCGGAAAUCUUUUGAAGAGAAGAGCCCAAAGCAAGCUCAGUGUUUGUUUUCUUUUCAGUAGCCAGUACGACACCGUUUCUUGCUGUUUCUUGUGUUAAUAGACGCGUUUAAAAGCCGAAAAAAUUGUAUAUUCAAGCGAACUCACCUUUAAUACCAAUGCUCGUCACACCAGCGUUCACCGCAUUCAGUGCGUAUUCAAUUUGGACAAGCUUUCCAUUAGGAGAGAAUGUUGUCAGGGAGAACGCGUAUCUAUCUGCCAUAAUAGGGAAUAAAU